AUGUCCUAUUCUUCUCAUUUUUCUCUGUCUUUUUCUGGUUUUGAUUGCCUCGCCUCUUCUUCUUCUUCUUUCAAUUAUAUAAUUUUGUUUUACCUCGUCUUCCUCCUUUACUUCAGCUUGCAGACGUUUUUCUUAAUCAGUGUCCAUCUUUCUUUCCCACCUCUUUUCAUGAUCUUCAUUGUUUUCUUUUGUCUUCCAUAUUCAUAUCUUAAAACUUUUUUCUUUCACAGUUCUAUCAAGUUUUCACAUGUUACUUCCUUUCUUUCCAUAUUUAUCUUUUCUGUUUUAGGGGGGGAAAAAUGCAGACAUAAAGAAUGUUGUCUUUUCUUCUCUCUACAUUUUUUUUUUCCUUGUCUUCACUUCCAUGAAAAUCCUCCCCACUCUUUCAGCCUUUCUAUCUACUUUCCUUUCUUUCUUUAUUCUAUUCCCAACUACUGUUCUUCUUAUGUUUCUUUUUUUUCCCUCUAUAUCCAACUCCUCUUUCUCUUCUUCCUUUCCAUUCCACUCCACCCUCUGCUCUCUUUACAUCUCACCCUUUAUGUUGCUGUCUUCUUUCACUUCCUCUCUUUCUUUUCUUCCUCAUCAUCACACUCCCCUCUCUUCUUCCUCUACAUUCCACUCCUCACCCUGCUUCCUUUGCACCUUGCUCUUUACAUGUCACUAUUCUCACCCUCUAUUUUGCUCUCCACUUUCUCUUCAUUGACAUCCCAUGCUCUCUUCUUCCUUCCCAUUUCACUUCUCCCUCUACAUCACACUCGUUUUCUUUUCAUGCCACUUCUCUCAUCCUUUAUACUUUAUUCCUCUUUUUUUUCCUCCACAACAUCCUCCUCCUUUUUCUUUUCUUCCUUGACAUCCCACUUUUUUUUCGUUUCUUCCUCUACAUGGCAUUCUUCCCUCUGUAUCCAUUAUAUCUCUCUUCUUUCUCUUUAUGCAACUACUCUCUCUUAUUUCUUUGUGUCUCACACCUAUUUCUCUUUCCCCUCUUUGACUCCUUUUUCAUUCUCUUCUUACUCUCUGCAACCUUAUCUAGAUAAUUUUCAAUUUUUUUCUUGCCUUUUCUUUUUCUUUAAAUCAUUCUCUCUUUUCUUUUCUCCUGCCUUUCUUACGCUUGUCUUUCUCAGCCAUUUCUACAUUGUUUACACCUUUGUUGUCCCUUUUUCUCCUUCAUUACUCUUCUUUUUCUCUUUUUUAUCUCCUCCAUGCACUCCCUUUUCUUGCCUUUUCUUCUUCUUCUUUAUUUUAAAAGUUUUCCUUCCUUUGUGUUUUCCCAAUCAACGCACCUGCCAUCUUUUAUUUCCACACCUUUCUUACCUUUGCAUCUCUUCUCCUCACCUUUCUCUCUCUCUCUCAUUCUGCAUUUUCCUUUCUUUCUCUCUCUUCCAAGCUUUCAUUAUCUCUCACCCUCCCCAGCACCUUACAUUCCAACAUUCUCCUCCUCCUCCUCUGUGUUUGCAUCUAUCUAUCUAUCUAUCUAUCUAUCCCAAUCUAUUUAUUCUUGCUUCUUUCUUUCUAUCCUCACAUUUUCCUAUUAUUUCUUAUAUUUCUUCUCUUUCUAUUCCCUCAUCACACAUUUUAACAUACUCUUGCUUGUCUUUCUACAUUUUCAUAUCUCCCAUUCUCUCUGUUAUUCUUUCUAUCCUCUUUCCAUUGUUCUCUUCUACUUUCCUUUCUCCUAUUCUUUCUUUUUUCCUAUUGUCUACUUUUCUCUCUCCUUUCUGCUCUCUUUCCAUUGAUGUCUUCUAUUUUCCUCUCUCUUAUUCUUUCUUUUCUUUACAGCUAAAAAAUUGUUUUUUCUUUUUUCAUUAUUCUUUUACCUUUUUUUUCAUUGUUUUUGUAUUUUUUCCUUCCAUUCUUUCUCUUCUAAUUCUCUCUUUCUUUUUUGCUUCAUUUUUUUUUUCUGUUCUUAUUUUAUUUCAUUCUUCCUUUCAUUUUCACUUUUUUCUUUCUAAUUAUUUUCCUUCAGUCCUUGUUUCUGUAUUUUCUUUCUUUCCCAUUCUUUUUCAUUUUGCUUCUUUUCUUUCUUUCUCAUUUUUUUUUGUUUCAGUUCCUGUUUCUUUCUCUCUUUCUUUUUGUUUUUUUCCUUUUUUUUCAGUUUCUGUAUUUUCUCUUCUUCUUUCUUUCUUUUCUUUUUUUUUGUUUCUGUUUUUCCAUUGUCUUUUAUUUCUAUUUCCUUCUGCUUCUCUCACAUUUUUUUUUUGCUUAUUUUUCAAUUUUUAUCCCAUUCUUUUUAUCAUACUUAGUCUUUUUUUUCUCCUUUUUUUCUCAAUUUGUUUUAUUUCUGGUUUUAUAAUUUCUUUCUUUCUUUGCUUUCUCUUCUUCUUUUCAUAUUUUAUUCAUUUUCUUCUGUCUUUCCUUUUAUUUUAUUUUUUUCAUUGUCUUUCCUUUUACUUUCUUUUUUCGUUGUCUUUCCUUUUACUUUCUUUUUUUCGUUGUCUUUUCUUUUACUUCCUUUUUUUGUUGUCUUUUCUUUUACUUCCAUUUUUUUGUUGUCUUUCCUUUUACUUUUUUUUUGUUGUCUUUCCUUUUACUUUCUCUUUUUCAUUGUCUUUCCUUUUACUUUCUCUUUUUCAUUGGUUUUCCUUUUACUUUCUUUUUUUCAUUGUCUUUCCUUUUACUUUCUUUUUUUCUUUGUCUUUCCUUUUACUUUCUUUUUUUUGUUGUCUUUUCUUUUACUUCCUUUUUUUCAUUGACUUUCCUUUUACUUUCUUUUUUUCAUUGUCUUUCGUUUUACUUUAUUUUUUUCAUUGUCUUUCCUUUUACUUUAUUUUUUUCGUUGUCUUUCCUUUUACUUUCUUUUUUUUGUUGUCUUUUCUUUUAGUUUCCCUUUUUCAUUGUCUUUCCUUUUACUUUCUUUUUUUCAUUGUCUUUCCUUUUACUUUCUCUUUUUCAUUGUCUUUCCUUUUACUUUCUUUUUUUCGUUGUCUUUCCUUUUACUUUCUGAUUUUUCCAUUAUAUCACCUUUUCUUUCUUUGUAUUUUUAUUUUAUUCCUCUUUCUUUCCCUUUAUUUUUCUUUCACAUUUAUUUUCUUUCUCCUUCUUCUUUUAUUUACACAUUUCUUUUUUCUUUUUUGUUUGAGUUCUUUCUCAAUUCCUCACUUUCCCUUUAAUGUCUGUGCCUUUUUUUGUUUCUUUCUUUCUUCCUAUUUUCACACUUCGCCUUGUUUCUUCUUUCUUUAUAUUUAUAUCAUUCUCAAAUACUUUCUUUCUUUUUUAUUCUUUUUCAUUCUUUUUUCCUUCUUUCCUUUCUUUACGUCUUCUUAUUCUCUGACUUUUCAUUUUCAUUUUUUUCUCAUUUUCUAUUUUUAUUCCUUUCUUUUUUCCCCCGUCUUGUUAUCCUCUCACAUGUCCUUGUCUUUCUUCCUCUUUUUUGCUCACUUCAUGCUUCACUCGGCUUCACAUCUUUCUUUUUAA